AUGGCACGUCGGCUACGCUUACAUUUUGCGUCAAGGAGAAGCAACACGGACCCUCUGUCAGAAAGCCUCAGCAGCCAUAGUGAGGAGAGCGAAGUCAGUGUGUCAGCUCGUAGCCCCCCAGAGAGUCUGGCACACAAUUCUGUUCUCUUGAAGGUGACUCCUCUGUCACCAGACUACGCUAAUUUACAGCUUUACUCUUCAGUAUUCAUACCCAGGGUUAACACCAGAGGAUUUAGUAAGAAGAGCAUUCUGCAGAUCUUGCUGCAGCCCUGUGGAAAGCUCAGUGGAGAGCUGGAUGGCAGUAUAGAGGAUGGAGACCUGGCGGCAAGUGAAGGAAGUGCAAGCAGUGGCUCUGAUGGAGGCUUGUGCAGCAGCAGCAGCAUGGCCGGCGAUGCCGGGUACUGUAGCAGCAACAGCAUCUUUGAGCCAGAGGCUUCAGAAAAGCACAGGGCCACCCAGGAGAGGUGUCUCCUCCGCUGCAAGUCCAAGGUCCCGCUGAGACGGUGCUCCUCCUUGGUUAUAUUUCCAAAUAGCCCCUGCAUCACCCCACCUGCUUCCCCAGUCAAUCCUGUGGUUCUACUGGCUCUCUCCCCAGCCAGGGGGGCUCAUCAGUCUCUUCAGACAUCUGCCAGUGAAUUCUCACAAGAUGAUGAGGAAAUUACUUGCAACGGGUCCACCACCACGGUGGUAAGUGGCCAUCGUCUCCCUAAAGGAAGUUGUUUAGGCGAGCUGAGGGACACCAAACUCAUGGUGCAGUUUAAUAUUCCUUUACAGGAUGAACCAAAAGGCAAAAUGGACGACAGGAAUAAAAUAAGGGAACUGUCGUCAACUCUAGACGGAUCGAAUCGUCACUCUAGCAGCGUGCUGCUGCACUUUGCCCACCAGAGACCAAUGAUGUCCGGGAAUGGAGCUACAACCACGGCCACAGUCAAUGUGGAAUAUCCUGAGGCUCCUAACCCAGCCACACACCCACAGAGUGAACACGACCCUCGCAAAAAACUCUAUCGUAGUACCUCUGCUUGUUUGUUCUCCUCAACUAAACCAUCAGAGAAAAACCACAUGGUCUGUUCUUCAGAAAAAGGCCAGAAAAUGCCAGAGGAAAACCAUUGUCACCGCAUCAUUCAAAGGAGCUUUUCCCUGGAGGUGCCCUACCCUAACACUGGAAUUUCAUGUCACGUUUCCAAUCCAAAACUCAGUAGCCCUCACUCUCCACAUGUGCACAUUCAUGUAUCUCCUUGCUGCCCAGCUAAGUUGCCUAGCUCUGUUACUGAUGUAAACACAAGCCACAAAGGGAAUAAUACACCAAAGAGCCCUGUUCAAAACACCAAGACACGGGAUGACUUUCUGGGACAGGUGGACGUCCCCUUAAAUCAGAUACCGACAGAAAAUCCUAAUACAGAAAGGCCAUACACAUUCAAGGAUUUUCUGCUUCACCCACGAAGCCACAAGUCCAGAGUCAAAGGUCACCUGCGUCUCAAAAUGACAUACCUGCCGAAAAACCCAGGUUCAGAGGAGGAAACGGUAGAACAGACUGAGGACAUGGAUCCUGGUUGGGAGUAUCUGGAGAGUCAGGACAUGUCAGGUCCCAGACAAAGCCAGCUGCUGCCUGCUCUGACCCCUGGCUGGGAGGAGCGGCAGGACAACCUGGGAAGAACCUACUUUGUCAAUCAUGAGAGCAGAACCACACAGUGGCAACGACCCACAAUCCAGGACGAUGAUGCGCAGAUGCAAAGAAGACAGAACAACAAUAUGGACGUGGAGCAGGCUUUUAUUGCACGCAGACAGAUUUCAGAACCCGAUGAGAACACCACACGAGUGUCUCCUGAGAGCUGGGAGAUCAUUACAGAGGACGAGCCCACCAUGUACCACAGCAAUGACCAGGUCACAUCACCUCCACCCCACGGGCCUGAAGAGUUCCUCCCGUUCCGCGAUGAGCAGAGAAACAUUUCUGCUGCCACAGCUGGCGAGCUGCGCACCUCCCGGACGGAUCAUGCUAGUAAUUCAAGCCAUUCCAGUUUCAGAGGAAGUGCCCAGACUUCAACAGGAGAGGAACAUCCUGUUAAUCCUGUGCUGCUUCCAACUUCAACUGGGCUGCCUGCAGGCUGGGAGGAGAAGCAAGACAGUAAAGGAAGACGCUACUUUGUAAACCACAACAGCCGAAGCACCUCAUGGACACGACCCCUCGUACAGAGGACCCAAGAGGCGGCGGCAACAGCAGCAGCAGCAGCGGCAGCAGCGGCGUCAGCAACAGCAGCAGCGUCAGCAGCAGCAGCAGCGACAGCAGCAGCAGCAGCACAGAGUGGUGCAGGUGCAGCCCAGAUCCCGUCUCUGCCCUCACCGCCCACGCCCCCUGAGGUGUCUCCUCAAAACACUACAAGCCCCGAGGCCACACAUGAUUCUCGCUUCCUGCCGACUGGUUGGGAGGUUCGCAGUGCUCCUAAUGGAAGACCCUUUUUCAUCGACCACAACACUAAGACUACUAGCUGGGAAGAUCCCAGGCUAAAGAUUCCUGUGCAAAUGAGGAGGAGACCGUCACUCGACCCAUCUGAUCUCGGCCCUCUGCCACCUGGCUGGGAGGAGAGGGUCCACUCUGAUGGGAGGAUAUUCUACAUAGAUCACAACACCAGGAUCACACAAUGGGAUGAUCCCAGAUUACAGAACUCAGCUAUAACCGGACCAGCAGUGCCUUAUUCCAGAGAUUACAAACAGAAGUACGACUACUUCCGGAAGAAGCUGAAGAAACCGGCCGACAUCCCAAACCGCUUUGAGAUGAAGAUGAGACGAAAUGCGGUGCUGGAGGACUCUUACCGACGCAUCCUCUCAGUGAAGAGGGCCGACCUGCUGAAGGCACGACUGUGGGUGGAGUUUGAGGGAGAAAAAGGACUGGACUACGGGGGCUUGGCCAGGGAGUGGUUUUUCCUCAUGUCCAAGGAGAUGUUCAACCCGUACUAUGGACUGUUCGAGUAUUCUGCCACGGACAACUACACACUGCAGAUUAACCCUAACUCAGGUUUAUGUAAUGAGGACCAUCUGUCCUACUUCAAGUUCAUCGGCCGCGUGGCUGGCAUGGCCGUGUAUCAUGGCAAACUGCUCGAUGCUUUCUUCAUUCGGCCUUUCUACAAGAUGAUGCUGCAGAAGCCGAUCACUCUCCAGGACAUGGAGUCUGUCGACAGUGAAUAUUUCAACUCCUUGAAGUGGAUUUUGGACAACGACCCAACAGACUUGGAUUUGAGGUUCACCAUAGACGAAGAGCUGUUCGGACAGACUCACCAGCAUGAACUGAAGCCGGGCGGCACCGAGAUUGUUAUCACUAAUGACACAAAGAAGGAAUACAUCUACCUGGUGAUGCAGUGGAGGUUUGUGAACAGGAUACAGAAGCAGAUGACUGCAUUCAAAGAGGGAUUCUUUGAGUUGAUACCACAAGAUCUGAUCAAGAUCUUUGAUGAGAAUGAGCUUGAGCUGCUCAUGUGUGGUCUUGGAGAUGUGGAUGUGAAUGACUGGAGAGAGAAUUCCAAGUACAAAAACAGCUACUGCUCCAACCACGUCGUUAUCCAGUGGUUUUGGAAAACGGUGCUGCUGAUGGAUGCAGAAAAGCGAAUCAGGCUCUUGCAGUUUGUGACGGGAACAUCAAGGGUCCCAAUGAAUGGCUUUGCUGAACUCUAUGGGUCUAACGGACCACAGCUGUUCACCAUCGAGCAGUGGGGAACGCGUGAUAAACUCCCCCGAGCCCACACAUGCUUCAAUCGACUGGACCUGCCUCCUUAUGAGUCUUUUGAGGAGCUGAGGGAGAAACUUCACAUCGCCAUCGAGAAUGCACAAGGCUUCGACGGGGUGGAUUAGAGCUUGAACUGUAAUUGAGCUGAACUGACAUUACUGCAUGAUGUGGUGAAGAAGAACUUGAUGAGAGAAACAAGCUGUGGGUGAGAUUCGGGUCUUAACCUGCCAGCUGUGUGACAGAUGAAGGAAAGUCACACAACCUUCACUUUGCUCCUCUGUUGAGGCACACAAGGAGAAAGGAGAUGAAAUCUGGUGUGACGGAGGUAUUGAAUCACUAUACGUGUUCUAAAGUUUACAAAGCAAAAAUGCAAAGCUGUAUACUGUAUAACAAAAACCUUAAAACACCUUAGUUUCAUUAGGGCUGAAUUGCCUCAGAAAAACGUUAUGCUCAGAUUCUCACGUACUAUUGCAGCUUUGGCCCAACUGAAACAAUAUCACAAACAUCCAAAGGUUUUAAAGGUCCAGUGUGUAGGAUUUAAGGGGAUGUAUUGACAUAUGUUUCAAUUAGUAUAUGAUCAACUAAAACUAAGAAUUAUUGUGUUUUUGUUAGCUCAUAAUGAGCCCUUCAUAUCAUCGUAGGGAGCGGGUCCUCUGCCACAGAGUCCGCCAUGUUGCACUGCCAUGUUUCUACAGUAGCCCAGAACAAAGAAACAAAAACACUGGCUGAAGAUGAUGAAGAAGAGGAGGAAGAGGAAGUGGUUGCUUGUACUGGCUAACCAUUUUGUGCUGUGAGAAGUUUGAGAAGCCAUAUUUUCACAAAUAUAUACUUAUUAUUUUGCACAAAAUACAGCAAGGAAGCGUGAAUCCGCGUCAAAAAGUGAAAAACACGAAGAAGCAAAACAAAAUCGAGACGGGCGAUGGCUAAACAUUGAUGUGGCCUUUCCCAAAUAGAAAUUGCUGAGAGACGUAGAAGUUGCCUGUUUUCUAAUCUAAUCACUAAUCUAAAUUAACCUGAAGGCCACCGUAGAUUCGUCUACACACUUUGAAGAGGGGGGGGGGGGGGGGUUUGGGCACUAAAUCCUACACACUGGUCCUUAAAAAUUAAAAGAUAAAGGCAGCAACUUGUCAGAAGGUUAAGACGGGGAAAAACCUGCCGGAUUAAUUGGCAAUUCAACCUAAAUAAAACCAAUGUGAAGAUUUGUUUUCUCCUAUCAUCAUUUAAAUUCUAUACAUCAUUAUACAUUUUCAUUCCAUCACACUAGAAUCACUGAUGCAAAUCCCAAAUAUAUGCACCUCAAAAGCAUUGUUAGCAGAAAUGUGAAAGUUAUAUACAAGUUUUAGCGACUACACUUAAGGAAGGUGUGUCAUUUAAUCAUUAUAGUAGUAAUGUGCCAAUACCAGGACCAGUAAAAGGCUAAACUAAUUAUACAUUUGUAGUUUGUAUCUGACUACAUGCAGUGUUAGAUUGUGCUAAAAUACGAUGCAUUUUACAUAUUGACAUACGAUCAUUGAAUAGCUUUUCAGUUAUUACGUAAAUAUACUGUACAUACAAAAUUAACUUCUACAAAAGGAUGAAGCAGAAUAAAAACUGUUCUCACAAAGUUGUGAAAUUGGCAAAUAACGCUUAAUUUGUGCACCUUCAUAAAUACAUCCUCUUUGAUGAUCAGUGCCCACUCGUACUCAAGUUCAACACUGGCAAGUUUGUGUAUCAGAGGAAUAAUCAAAUACACACAAUAUCACCCGGCCAGUAGCUUACAGAAACAUUAUCACACACAGCAUGUUAGAAAGUAUGUUGCCUUUUGUCAAUGAGUGAUAUCAUUUUGUUUUCCUCUACUCAUCAUGGGUGUCUAAUUGCAGCACAGUGCUCUAUUUUUAAGAGCACAACUUAAAAAAGUUGUUUUGUUGGUUGUCAAAAUGUGUACAGAGUUUUGUCUGUUUUCAAAAUGAGUAAUCACUUGUUAAUACCUUUUGUAGGAAAGUAACUGUACUUCAGCAGUAGUUUUAACAUUUUCUGAAUGGUAAAACAUGUGUUUACACUACCUGCCAUGUUUACAGGUCCUUGAUAAAAUAAGAUAUCGUGGCUGGUUCUUGUCUCUCUGACAACACAAUUUUAUACUUUAUGCUUUUAUAAAGUGAAGCACUUUGUUAAUAUCGAUGAGUCUUACUUCCAAACUGUCUGAAUCUUUGCCAAUCUGUCACCUGCAGACUGCUUAAAUCGCUUUCAGAAAAUGAUCCUAUGCUUCAAGUGCAGAUGUGUCUAAAUGUUUACAUGUGAACAUUGCUGAAAAUAAGCACAUUCUCUUCUUUCACUUAUAUUUAAAGUUAAAUACAGAGGCCUUCGUUUGCAAUGUAUUGUAGAAUCUGAUUGUUUAUUGAUGUUUUAAUCUCUAAAUGGAAGUACUGUUAUAUAUCUAUUGUCUACUGAAUAAUAAUGAAUAGAUCAACACUUCAUUUCUGCUAUAUCAUCUUUUCUAAUUAAAACAUUUAAUUGUAACACCUAUAAGUGCAUUACAACAACAGACAUGCAACAUAUACAACCGUUUAAAGGGUGGAAUGAACUGUAGCUGUUAAAUCACGAUUUGAUGACCUAUAGCACACCAAAUUGAAUAUAAAUAUAUUUGAAAAAUAAAGAAAUGUAAAAACAA